GCGGCAGAGGCGGCCAUGGGCGCGCGCGUCCGGGCGCUGCUGCUGGCGCAGCUGUUGGUGCGAGCGGGGCUCCGGGGACAGGGCGUUCAGGAUCUGGACCAGCUGUUUCCAGGUAAGGCGCCCGGGACGCGCGCCUCCCCGCGCAGGGCACCUGAGCCGGAGCGCAAGGGGCGCCUCAUCUUGUCCUCUCCCCGCCCGGGUUUCGAGAACUCGUCGUUGCUCACGUGGCCCUGCGGCCGCCGAACCGUUUCGACGACGCGCGUGGUGGGCGGCAAGGACUCGGAGCUGGGGCGCUGGCCGUGGCGGGGCAGUCUGCGCUUGUGGGGCGCCCACCACUGCGGCGCCAGCCUGCUCCACCGCCGCUGGGUGCUGUCGGCCGCGCACUGCUUUGAAAAGCACACGGAUCCCUUUGAGUGGUCCGUGCAGUUUGGCGAGCUGUCUGCCUCACCGUCCAUCUGGAAUCUGGAGGCCUACCACAACCGAUACCAGGUGGAGGAGAUCAUUUUGAACCCCAUGUAUCUGGGGGCUUCAUCCUCUGACAUCGCCCUGCUGAAGCUGUCCUCCUCUGUCACCUACAAUAAGUACAUCCACCCCGUCUGUGUUGCGGCCUCUUCCUCUGAGUUCCAGAACCAGACUGACUGCUGGGUGAUGGGCUGGGGGCACAUCGGAGAAGAUCAAGUGCUGCCAGCCCCCUACCUCCUCCAGGAAGUACAGGUCGGCAUCAUCGACACCACCAUGUGUAACUACCUGUACACACAGCCCCUGGUCCGCUACGACAUCUGGGGGGACACGGUGUGCGCCGGCGAUUCCCAAGGAGGCAAGGAUUCCUGCUUCGGUGACUCCGGUGGCCCCUUGGCCUGCGAAAAGAGAGGUGUGUGGAUUCAGGUUGGCAUCGUGAGCUGGGGAUCGGGCUGCGGUAGCCCCAACCGGCCCGGGGUCUACACCAACAUCAGUAGGCACUUCAACUGGAUCCGGAUGCUGGUGGCCCGCGGCAGCACUCACAGGCCGGAGCCCUCUCGGCUGCUCCUGCCCCUCGCUGUGCUCUGGGCCGGGCUCCCGCAGCCGGCCUGAGCCCAACGGAGUCCUGAGAGCUGGGGCCAUCUGCUGAGCCAGGCCCCGUCCCCCACCUUGUCCCUUUUCUAACAAACUCCUUAGCGUGUUGGAA